UACGAGUGACGUCACGGGUCGCGCAGUAUGGCCGCUGGGGCCUGGAUCUGGCGGUCGGAGUCUUAGAGAUCGCUGGACGGGACGAUUUAGGCCGAGAACGUUGGGCCCGCGGACGCUGGAGCGCUCGGCGGCGAGCUGAGAUGUUGGGCGUGGCGAGUGCGGCGCCGCGGCGCCGAAGUUGAGCGUGCCUAGGCCAGUGAAGCAGGACCGACCGCCCGUUCGGGACUCGAGUGACUGAGUUUGCGGAAGGCGUCCGAGGCUCGGACGGACUUCCAGCGCCAUGUGGAAUAUGAUGUGUGACGUGAUGCCGACCAUCUCGGAGGACACGAUCAGCCAGCGGGGUGGCGGCCAGUUUGGCGGCGCCGCCGACGACCCUAACUUCGAGCAGCUGAUGGUGUCAAUGCUCGAUGAGCGCGACAAGCUGAUGGACAGUCUGCGCGAGACGCAGGAGCGGCUUGCCGACCACGAGACCAAACUGCAGGAGACCGAGAAGGAGCGCGACUCCCUGCAGAGGCAAAUCGCGGCCAACCUGCCGCAGGAAUUUGCAACGCUGACCAAAGAACUGAACCAGUCAAGAGAGCGACUCCUAGAAAAAGAGGAGGAAAUAUCAGAGCUCAAGGCUGAGCGCAACAACACAAGACUCCUGUUAGAGCAUUUGGAGUGUCUAGUGUCUCGCCAUGAGAGGUCGUUACGAAUGACAGUGGUCAAAAGACAGGCCGCCUCCCAGUCAGGCGUUUCCAGCGAGGUUGAGGUGCUGAAGGCGCUCAAGUCGCUCUUCGAGCACCACAAGGCCCUUGAUGAAAAGGUCCGAGAGCGUCUCAGGGUCGCCCUCGAAAGGGUGUCUACCCUUGAAGAGGAGCUCAACGCAACCAAAGACGAGCUGCAGCAGUACAAGACAAAUGAGUUGCCGAGACUGGAAAACGGUCAUGAGCCGACAAAGGAGCAGAAUCAGCAGCAGCAGUUGAAUGCAACCGUAGCUGCCAAACAGCAUCUGCCUAAUGGCUCUGAUAGCGACGCUGUAGUUGACCGCCUAGCUGGCGACCAGAGUGCGGAACUGACUGCCGCUCAGCGAAGGGUAGCCGAGCUGACUUCGCGAGUAGCUGAACUUGAAGAGAACCUGUCAAAAGCGCAGAAGGAGGUCAUCAAGCUGCAGGACACUAGCGCCAAACUGCAGCAGGAUCUGAUGGAAAAUGUGGCGCAGAAAGAGGACCAGGAGGAGAGAAUUGCGACUUUAGAAAAGAGAUACUUGCACGCGCAGCGCGAAUCUACGUCUCUGCACGACCUGAAUAGUAAGCUUGAACAGGAGCUGAAGCACAAAGAAGCGCAGCUGAAGUUGCAAGAUGAGAAGUGCCUGGCAAUCCAAGAGAAACUGGAACUUUCUGAACAGAAACUGGCUCAGUUCGCCAAGCUGCCAGAAAUGGAAGAGGAGUUGAAGCAGCGCAUGGAAGCCCUUACCCAGGUAAGGGCUCAGGCCCAAGAAAGACAUGGAUCAGCGGAGGACCGAAUAUUGAGGCUGGAGAAUCAGCUGGAGGAAAAGAAUGCAGAGCUGAUCCGACAAAGCCAGCGACUCAAGAUGAAUGAGGAGCACAAUGCGCGCCUCUCAGCCACAGUCGAUAAACUUCUCUCUGAGAGCAAUGAGAGACUGCAGGUGCAUCUUCAAGAGCGAAUGCAUGCCUUAGAGGAGAAGAACGCGCUAGCACAGGAAUUGGAGCAGACUCGAAAGUUCCUUGAGGACACUCAGUGUGAAAAGGGCGAUAUCAUGAAGGAGCUGGGCAAAACGCGGCUUGAGUGUGAGAACGCCAAGCGCCAAAUCAUCCAACAGGAGAUAGCCUUCAACAUCCAGCAGACUGACGCCCUCACUAGGAGUUUAUCACCCUCAACGGGAGAGCCUAACUUUGUCCGCAGCUCAAGCCAUUCUAGUUUUGACGCACACUCACUUCCGCGAAGAGCACAAAAGGGCCGUCUCUCCGCCCUGGACGACGACCCUGGCAAACAGGUCCGCACUCUGGCUGAGCAGGAGUGGGAGAAACUUCAGCAGGCGCACGUUCUGGCAAACGUGCAGCAGGCGUUUGAUGUGAGCGACGCUGAGGCUGACGACUCUGAGAGUUUAUUCUCGGCUGCUGAUAUGCUCUCACCAUCUGGACACACAGAUGCUCAGACUCUUGCCAUGAUGUUGCAGGAGCAGCUUGAUGCCAUCAACAAUGAAAUAAGGUUUGAACUUAUGUUCAACAGAUUGAUUCAAGAGGAGAAACAGAGUACAGAGGCGCGAGCUGAGGAGCUCGAGUCCCGCGUCGGCAGCCUGGAGCACAUGAAUCUGCUGACCAGAGGGCGCAGUUUCGAGCGGCCAUCCCAGUCACCACCACAGUCAGGCCGCUCGACGCCGCGUUCGCACCACUCGCCCCAACGUGACUACCUGCACAAGUACCACACCGCGCCGGCCGCGAUGUCGCCCGCCCACUCGCACCAAUACUCGGCGGCCAUCAGUCCAGGCCAAUUGUCAGAAUCGUUGCCGACGAGUCAGUGGGGCUCUCAGUUACAGUUGUCCGGCGCCGAACUGUCCAAGGAGGACAUCCGAUCGCUCAAGGACAGUUCGCCACCCAUGAUGGGCGCCGGCGCCAUGACGUUGCCCGCCGGCGCCAGUUCCAACUCGCUCGCCGGCCUCUCGUCUAUCGGCGGCUCCUCUUUGAUGGGGGGCUCCCCCGGGGGCCAUUACGGCACCGCGGGGCUCGGGCCCAACGCUGCAAGGUCCCUCAGGCUUGAGCGGGUUGCUCAGGCACUCGCUCACAGCACAGAGGAACUUCGCAGGUUAGAUAAUAGUCAAGACUCGCUGCAUAAAAACGCGCCUCAAAAGAAGUCAAAAGGCAUAAAAUCAUCACUCGGCCGCUUCUUCAGCAAGAAGGACAAGGUGAAGCAGUCUUCAAACAGCAAAGACUCGCCCAUGCUUUCCAGUGUGGACGGCAUUUCGUCGCACGGCCUCUAUGUGGACAGCGAAAUGAUGUGUUCGAGUGACACCCUUUCACUUGCUGAAAGCCUUGGCCAAAAGGGAGACUUUGACCGAAGGAAAAAGAAAAACAACUUCUCCAGACAUGAAUUGUUGGCCGAGGCGAUGAAAGCAGGCACUCCCUUCGCCCUGUGGAACGGGCCGACGAUAGUCGCAUGGCUUGAGUUGUGGGUCGGUAUGCCUGCGUGGUACGUUGCUGCAUGCCGAGCCAAUGUCAAGUCAGGCGCCAUCAUGAGUGCCCUCAGCGACACCGAAAUCCAAAGGGAGAUAGGAAUCAGUAAUCCUCUUCAUCGGCUGAAGCUGCGACUGGCCAUCCAGGAGAUGGUUUCUCUGACUAGUCCGUCAGCGCCGAAAACUUCGCGAACCACUCUCGCUUUUGGUGACAUGAAUCACGAGUGGAUUGGCAACGCGUGGCUCCCCUCGCUCGGCCUUCCACAGUACAGAACCACCUUCAUGGAGUGCCUCGUCGAUGCGCGGAUGCUCGACCACCUCAACAAGAAGGACCUCAGAGGACAACUCAAGAUGGUCGACAGUUUUCACAGAACUAGCCUGCAGUUUGGUAUAUCAUGCCUGAAACGACUUAACUACGACCGUCGACAGCUAGAAGAGCGACGCAAGUCUUGUGAGAACGAACUGUCGGACGUGCUGGUCUGGUCCAAUGAGCGUGUCAUCAAGUGGGUCACAAGCAUGGGCCUUAAGGAGUUUGCCAAUAAUCUGGUCGAGUCAGGUGUGCACGGUGCUCUGAUUGCACUGGAUGAAGCUUUUGACGCAAACAGCCUAGCCUUGGCGUUGAAAAUUCCAACUCAAAACACUCAGGUGCGACAGAUUCUGGAAAUAGAAUUCAACAACUUGUUGGCGGCCGCAACUGACCGGCAAGUGCUGCCUGAAUCGGAGCUACCUAAGUCCUGACAGCUGGCGCCGCGUAACCUGGACGCCUCACCGUCAGAUUAGCUCAAAACCAAGUCGUACUCACACACACUCACAACAUGAAAUCGCAGCAUAAUCAGAAGAAGAAAAGAAAAUACCUCUAACCGUAGUCAAACGAACGAAUUGUUUUCGAUUUCACCACCAACGUCGCGAAAACUCUCCUGCUUCGAAUCGAUUGGCAUUCCACACACUUCCGGAACAGCAGCAGCUACCCCUGCCCACCUCAGAGUUGUUGGUGUGUUACCCCAGCCACCCAAUGUGAAGCUAUUUACUACAGUAGGACUCUUAAAAAAUUAUGCAGCACACACACGGCAUGCUUCUGUGUUUUCCGAGGAUUUUGUUCAUCCGGCGAAACGCAAGUCAGUUUUGUACAUACACUGUUUGGUAUGUGCGCAGCUUUGAUUUUGUCGAAUGAACCGACCACCCAGUCGCGUCCCGCCCCGUCUUUAAAGGUUAUUUGAAAGUCAUUUUGUAGAUUAAUUUUUUUUACUUUCCUCCUCUUAGUGAUGACAAAUUUUACUCCUUUGGCAUAGAAAGCUGUUUAAUUAAUUUGUUUAAAAUUUAACAACGCAUUUUGGACCAAGUAGAAAAAUUUCAAUCCUAUAUUUUCAUACUUUUAAUUAUUCGGAUAGAAUUCAAGUAAUUUUGGAUUUGGUUUUAUGAAAUUUUGUGAUCACUCAGAGGCGUGGCGAGGGCUGAAAGAGAACUUUGGUGCUAGUCACUCUCCCCUUGGUCAUUUAAAUUAUUUCGCACCCUCGUUGUUGAAAAAUGCGUUGAAUAUUGUUUGGUUCUCUGCGACGGAGAAUGGACUAAAAACCAUCCGAGUGGAAGAUUUAACCGAAACUGCCAGCAAGUAUUUUAUACAUGUUCAGUGUGCCAUACGAGCAAAUCGACGCGAAGAAUAACAAUUAUCUUGAUUGAUCGAUGUUGAUACCUAAAUGAAAGAAGAAACAGGGCUAAAUGUUUUAGAUUCAGCAGGCGAAGAAGAAGAAAAAACACAAAACUAAACACUACUACAAAAGAUAUCCAAUUAACGGAACUAAAGAAAUAUCGAGUUACUUAAAAGAAUACUCUCUUGAUUAACUGAAGAAAA